GUAAACAGUGCGUACACUUGGAGGUGAACGUGUAUCACCCGAUCCAACAUUAAAAUGUCCAAAAAUAUGAGAAUAACGUUUAUAUUUGGAGGCUUUGUAACGGCGGUUGCUGCGGCGUUUUACCCCAUAUUCUACUACCCGCUCACACACAACGAAGAGUACAGAGACGUCCAAAAGAUUAACCGGACAGGAGUCAACCAGGCAGAUAUCCAACCCAUAGGGUUGAAGAUAUGGUCUGAUCCAUUCAAGUCUUCGGGAAAAUGACAACCAGUGACGGCUCACCCUUCACGAAUUCCUCUGACACCGAUGCUGAAGAAGACUUUGAAUGGAGAGCGCCCGUCUGAUGAGUGCUUGGUGUGUGCGUGAGUGAAUGCUGUCCAGAAUGUACUUUAGGUUAUAAGUGACUCCUUAAAUCAUGUGAAUAAACUGUUAAGCUCUUAUAUCUAAACCUUUGUGUUCAUGUUUAAUAUAUUGUGAUGGCAGACAGAACAAAAAAAUGUUUUUUACUUUCCGCCUAGGUUCUUCUAAACGUGCCGCAAGUCCUCUUUUGUCCACAAGGGGGAGCUCCAUGCCUAUCUUUCUUCCACAAAAGGAACUGAGCUAUGUAAUGUUUUGUUUGUGCAUCUUGGAUAUUUUGGAAAAACCACUCUAUUUCCAAAACUUGCUCUGGUAUGCAGCCUGUGGAAAUUCUAAUAAAACACAGUGGUUUUGUUUA